UGCGCUUCAGUUCACGAUUGCCCGUGGCGAGGUUCGGUCGGAACUUCUUGGUUUUGCGGCUUGGUUGACGUGAAGUUGCAGCUGUGGCGCGGCACUUGGUGAAUUCCUUCCGGGCGAAGGUGCGCUGAUUUGAUCUUUUGUCCAGAGAGCUGGCCGCGGGUUAUACUCAGUGAUGUAGAAAGUGUUAGAGAGUUUCGACAGUUAAUCAAUCGAGCGCUGGACGUUUGCCGUCUUACAUGGUGUUGUGGUAUUUUAGGUGUCAAGAGAAGGAAACGAAGUUAGAGUGAUUUGUAAGUGCGAAAUUAAGUGUGACGUGAUUCUAGCGGCUGCACGGUAUUGGAAACAACAGUUCUUACUUACUUACUUCGUCGAUCUGGAAUUUGUUUUGUUUGAAAAUUCAAACACAGACGGAUUUGCCGUCGUUCGGUCACGAUCACGAUUUUGACGGGUGGCUGUGCUUCUUUGGUGAAGAUCAAAGUUCAAAAGGGUGGUUGAAAUAGAAGGUGGUUCCAAGUACGAGUUGAACCAUUACUUUUGUGGAAGAGGGAGUGCUUGGAUAAAUCAAACGUAACAUAGCUCAGGGAAAAGAGCGAGGUUUUUCACGAAUUGCAGCGUCGGAUGAUUACAGAGGAAAUUAUCGUUUCUGAAUCACCAUGGGCAACUCCGGUUACACGUGCAUACGACGGACGUUUUGCUCGUUCAACAUUCUCAUAUGGCUUUGCGGGAGCGGUUUCCUUGCCAUCGGUGUGUGGCUUCGACUGGCAGCACAAGGCUAUGCCACCCUGCUUCCGGACCACGCGGGUCUCAGUGCGGACUACAUUUUCAUCACCAUCGGUGUGAUUAGUUUCGUUAUCGCAUUCUUCGGCUGCUGCGGCUCGUGGUUCCAGUCCAGGUGCUUUCUCAUUAUAUAUUUCACGCUGGUGGUGCUGCUGUUCCUGAGUGAGUUCCUGCUGGGUUCGUUGGCGUUUGUGUUCCGUGGGGGCAUCGGCCGAAUGUUGGUACACGAGUUGAAGUACGGCAUCGAAAAGCACUACAACGUGACGGAUCGGGGCGGCCUUCUCGCGCCCUCGGUGGCAUCCAUUUGGGAUAAGGUGCAAGUGGAGUUACAAUGCUGCGGUGUGACUUCCUACGAGGAUUGGUACGACAUAAGUGCUUGGCCGGGUGAACGAUGGGUGCCUCGGUCCUGCUGCCGGCCACGAUACAGCUCGGUAUUUCUGGAAGGAUCCGGUGAUGAUCUGCAGGGUAUAGAUUGUCGCAAAGCUGGGGAUCCUUCCUUGUUGUGGGAUAAAAGCUGCGGUCAAAUUCUUCAGAUGUGGUUCGUCCAACGGUUACAUGUCGUUGGAACAGUCGGUCUAGUCAUAGCAUUCCUUCAGCUGUUUGGCUUAAUCUCAUCGAUGCUGCUAUUUUGCACCGUCAAACAUAAACGAGCGUCGAAAACGUACAAGUCAUACUCGCCGACAGUAGAUACGACUCUGAAUCGAAACAGCACCGGAACAUAUUUGGAUGAUUGAUAUUAACUGAAAUAGUUAACAAACUCGAACAGUGAAUGUCGACGGAACACUAGAGAACGGCUUAGACCGAUACGUUACGCUAAGAGGAAACAAUACUCAUAUCUUCUACCAUAAGCAAAAAGUACUAGUGUUAACUUUUUAUCGAAUCCUUAGAUUAAGGAGAUGUUGUGCCAAAAAAUAACUACUUGUUUUUAAUCCUAAUAAUUUAAUGAGCCACAUUGGGUUUGACGAAAAAUAACUUAUCAGAAUACAUGAAAAGUAUGAUGAAUUUAAGGUCAGUUAGAAACCAAUUUAAUUGUAGGCUAUUACGAACGAUUAAUCAUUUAUUUAAAAUUGAUACAUUAGUGUUAAACAUCUGUUGCAACUGUUCAUUUUCAACAAUUCCGUUUUUAUUAAGUUAUUUAUAAACAGAAUCAUACAGCGUUGGUUCCAUAACGGAUAGCUAACCAAAAAAAAGAAGACAUUCCAAAGCAAUAGAGGUCGUAAUGUAAGAGUUUAUUUACAAAAGAACAAUAAAACAAAAAACUCGCAAUAAAA